GUCUACCACUUUAUGCCGCGGACCGUGAACGCAGCAUGACGACAACUGACCCGGAAGUGAACGUCAGUUGUCUUCUUCUCUCCCAGCAACAACACAGUUAGCUGUUAGCUGUUAGCUGCUAUUCUGCUGAUCUCAGAGACUCUUUACUCAAACAAACAUCUCCUCACAUCAUCAACAUGGCUGAAGUAGAGGAAACUCUGAAGAGGAUCCAGAGCCAGAACGGAGUGCAGGGGAUCAUCAUCGUCAACUCAGAAGGAAUACCCAUCAAGACGACUCUGGACAACGCCAGCACGGUGCAGUACGCAGGACUGAUCCACCAGCUGGUGAUGAAGGCCAGGAGCACCAUACGAGACAUCGACCCCCAGAACGACCUCACCUUCCUCCGGAUUCGCUCCAAGAAGAACGAGAUCAUGAUCGCUCCAGAUAAGGACUAUUUCUUGAUCGUCAUUCAGAACCCCUCGGACUGAAAAAGGAGGAGCUGCUGCCCGACUCAUUACUCUCUUUGUCUUUCAUAUUUAAACAGUCAAACAUUUUCUUUGUCCCGCUAAAAUCAAACAAACCUGUUUACCAGAAGCUUUUUAUGCACUUGCUGUACCAGAAAGUAACGACAGGAUUUGAAGGUGGAUGAAAUUGAAUCACUGCUCAAUGACUAGAUGUGUGAACCGUACGCCAGUCAGUCGAUCACUCUGCAGGCAAAUUUAUUUUUUCCAUGUUUUAGCAUUCCAGUUGGGCCUCUUCUCUAUGCAUACUGGACAUUAUGUCACUGUGUUUAUUUCAGAGGUAUUUUAGCAUGUGAUGAGAAGUGCACACCUGCUAAAAUACCUCUGGCUUAAAACUGCACCAGUGCAUUCAUGUCUGCACAGUGUACAAGAGAGAGACCACAGCGCAUCUUUAAGUUUGAGGAGGUUUUUCAGUUCCAUCUUAAUGGAAAACUUUGGAUUAUUAUUUAUUAUAGUGUUGGCAAAAAAUGUUGAAGUGCAGUAUUUCACUGGUGAGCAGCGAACUACACUACAAAGACUUCUCUGCUCUGCCUUGUCAAGUUUCUGAUGGUUAUUUUUAACAAAUUAAGAAAUUAAAAAAAGUCAAAAUGUU